AUGGCAUUUAAACAUAGCUUUAGACGCCGUGUUUUAGCUUUUGCUUUGCUUUAUGUUUGCCUAUUUUGGAAAUUAGGAAAUGCUGAUGAUGGUGAUGAUGAUUAUCCCGAGAACCAGAUAGGUUCUGGAAUUGGUGGUGCUGGAGUUGGAAACGGUAGCAAUACAGGGGUUGGUGGUGGUAGAGUAGGAGCUGGGUUUGUUAUACUUGGUGACCCUUCUCAAAUUGUCUCCAAAUCCUUGCUUUGUUUCAGUGAUAUUUAUAAAAGUUGUGAAGAGCCAUAUAGAUUAAGUGAGAAAGGAGACUUGAAUGUAGCAAGAGAGAAGAUUUAUAAGUUCUGUGAAGGGCCAUGUUUGUCUGAGACUAGAUUGGUCCUUAGUUGCCUCAAAAAGAUAUACAGCCGCUUUACAUUUUCUAACAAAGCAACCAUACAAGACAUCAGAGAAACAAUUCAUGAUGGCUGUUUUGGCUUCCUUUUAGCUGAUCGUGACUUGAAUGUCGUUAAGCACAUGGAGAAGGAAGCUGAUGAAAAAGAAAACAGAGGUUUGAAGGGUGCUAAAACCUGCAAUGUUUUAAUGGGGCUUGCUUUGAUCCUAAUGGCCCCUGCUCUAUUACUCUAAUCAUAAUUAAAUAAUAAGUGCAAAUCAAUUGUACUUUAAUUUUAGUUUGAUAGUACUAAAUUAAUUAGUAUAAUAAUAUAAUUCCACUGCUUAUCCAAAUGAGUGUGAGAGUGUUUUAAAGCUUGGACUCGUCGAAAAUGUUGUAUCUGUGGAUCGGAUCACAUGCAUGAAUCAUGAAUUCAUGAUUUCAUGGUAUGUGUAGUUUUUUAUUUUUAUUAAAUUUGAGG